AUGCUCAGGACACCCUCCCGCCUCGCCGCCACAGCCCCUGCCAUCACCCGCUCAGCAGUCCGGGCCACCCCCAGACUGUGCCUACACAGGUCUCGCGUUGUGCUCAAAUCUGCGUCUUCGCAUCUUCUCCUCCGCUCCAGCUUCCACUCUUCUGCUACUCGUCUCGCCGAAACCGUAAAGGUCCCUCAAAUGGCCGAAUCGAUCACAGAAGGUACUCUGAAACAAUGGAGCAAGGCCGUUGGAGACUUUGUCAAGCAGGACGAGGAAAUCGCUACCAUCGAGACUGACAAGAUCGACGUCUCUGUCAACGCCCCCGUUUCCGGUACCAUCACCGAGCUCCUCGCCGAAGAAGAAGACACUGUCGAGGUCGGUGCCGACCUCUUGAGGAUUGAGCCCGGAGAGGGCGGUUCAGAAUCAUCCGAGUCCAAGCCCCAGGCCAAGUCUGAGCCCAAGGAUGCGCAGGAGGGCAAGAAGGACGACCCCGCCCCCGAGUCUCACAAGGAGAAGAACGCCGGAGAGGAAACCUUGAAGAAGCACGAUGAGAAGGCGCCCAAGCUUGAGCAGAGCAAGGAGGAGAAGCCUGCGCCCAAACAGGAGGCUCCCAAGCCCAAGAAGGAGGAAAAGAAGGAGGUCCAGCCCGAGAAGGCUCUUGGAAGCAGGAACGAGACCAGGGUCAAGAUGUCCCGAAUGCGUCAGACCAUUGCCCAGCGUCUCAAGGCUUCCCAAAACUCUGCCGCUUCCCUUACCACCUUUAACGAAAUCGACAUGUCUUCCCUCAUGGAGUUCCGUAAACUCUACAAGGACGGUGUCCUCAAGGCCGACGGCGUCAAGCUCGGUUUCAUGUCUGCCUUUGCCAAGGCUUCUUGUCUCGCUUUGAAGGAGAUUUCCGGCGCCAACGCUUCCAUCGAGGGCGACUCUAUCGUCUACAGAGAUUACGUCGACUUGUCCGUCGCUGUCGCUACCCCCAAGGGUCUCGUGACCCCUGUCGUCCGAAACGCCGAGUCUAUGGGUCUCGUCGAGAUUGAGCAGGCUAUCGCCGAGCUCGGUAAGAAGGCCCGAGACAACAAGCUCUCCAUUGAGGACAUGUCUGGCGGCUCUUUCACCAUCUCUAACGGUGGUGUCUUUGGCUCCCUCUUCGGUACCCCCAUCAUCAACCUCCCCCAGGCCGCUGUUUUGGGUAUGCACUCUAUCAAGGAGAAGCCCGUGGUCGUCAACGGCCAGAUCGUGAUCAGACCCAUCAUGGUCGUCGCCCUCACGUACGACCACCGAUUGCUUGAUGGCAGGGAGGCUGUUACUUUCCUUGUGCGAAUCAAGGAAUAUAUUGAGGACACCAGGAGGAUGUUGCUCCCUUCCCCUCUCUAA